GUCCCAAAAAUCGAAAUCACAGAAGUGUUUGGAAACAACAACAACAAAAAACAUGGCGGAGAGCAUAGCAGUAACUGACAAUUUACCACAAACAUUCAAUGAAAUCUGGCAACUUUACCAGACUCUAGAGAAAAAUGAGGAACCGACUGGUUCAGACAAAAUUCAAGGUUGCGUGUACAGGGCAUGUGAACUGUGUAAGAAGGCAAUCUCAAUGGUGAACCAGCUCCACGUGUUCAGUGAUAAUGAGGACAUUGAGGAGGUGGCCACAACAAAUAUCAGAUACAUGCUACUUCCCGGGAUGUUGGGAUACUUUCUCAUGAAGAACACAGUUAGGAGCAGACUGGCAGUGGUCAAGGAAAGUCAGGAGUUUUAUGCAGAUUUUAUGAAGAUGUGUCACAACUACGGCGUGACAAAGUAUGAAAUCCACAUUCCCUCAUCUGCUGAAACGGAGAAGAAAACAACAGAGAACAAGACUUCAAAACCCACUGGACCACCAGAUGUCAGAGGUAUGGCCAACGUACGGGCAGGUAAGAUACAACGCUACAAAGAACAAAAAGAGUUGGAGAGGAAACUGAAUGAACUUCAAGUCACUGCAUUACAAGAACACACAGACGAUGAAGUUAAACGAGAAUACUACAUGACCUUGCUGAAACAUUGGGUGAAUUUCUGCAUUGAAGAGCUGGAUAGUAUAAAAGAUGAGAUAACGAUAUUAGAAAUGAUGGAACACAGAAAGGGUGAACCUUCCAAACACAAUCCAAAGAACGAACAUCAUGAACACAAGCCACUUCGGCCUUUCAUUAUCACCAAGGAUGCUAUACAGAAACAGGUGUACGGGCUGGGAUAUCCCAGCAUUCCUACAAUGACCAUUGAAGAGUUUUUCGACAAGAAAGUUGAAGAGGGCACUCUGUCGAAACACGUAGCGGGAAGUCACAGCAUGCAGGACUGGGCGGCAGACCCGGAGGCUGAUCAGAAGGCGCGGGAGAAAGAGGAGGCAGAGAAGGAGGAGAGGCAGGAGAGGGAUGACGAGGGGGAACUGCAGAAGGCCCGGGACUGGGACGAGUAUAGAGACGAUCACAGGCGUGGGUGGGGUAACAGGAAAAACAGACACUAGCACAAUUAGUAACCAGAAGAGAUUUUACCAGGGAUACGGGGAGAUGGGAUUGCUGUCAACUUGUUAGCAUGAGUGACAAAACAGACACAAUAAGGUCAAGAGGAAAGCAUUUUAAAUCAUGCCAGCAAAAGUACUCUAGGUAUUUGAACUAGUGUGAACCAUAAUUGUGCCCCAUAGUGGUAAUUUUGAACCCUAUUGUUAAAUGUGCACCAUAGCGGCAAUUGUUAACAAUAGCGGUAAUUGUGAACCAUAAAGGUUAUUGUGAAACAUAGCGGUAAAGUACAGAAAUAUAAGAUGAUUUAAAAAUUUGAAUUGUGGCUGCAUAAAAUCAUAAUCAAUAAUCAAAUAAUAACUUUGAAAUGUUAGACAGAUGUAAUAAUACCGAAAUAAAACAACAUAUUCGAAAUGUAAAUCUGUGCCAAUAAAUUAUUUGUACAAUAAUCACAUUGAAAGUUUGUAUGUGAAGUAUAAGUGCAAACCUGAUUUUGAAUCUCUGCAUUCUUAAGUGAGAACUAAGGCAAAAGGUGUGUUGUGAAGAUGUAUUACUGUAACCAAUGAAUUGAAUGAAAUUGAUUUUUCAUUCUUUUACAAAGUUAUAAAUAAAAAAUUCUGGAAGCCACAGUAAAAGAAGUGUUGAUGUUAAUAGAUUUUGGUGAACAAUUAUCUUGGAAUACAGGUAACUACCUGAAAGAACUUGUAAUUUAGCUGAAUUUUCUUUUCUGGUUUUUAGAAAAUCCAUGCAUAUCAAACUAAUGUUAAGCUGUGUCUGUCGUUCAUCAUUCAUUGUGGUUCAUUGACACCUUUGCCUUUUUAUGCCCCCGGUAGGGUGGCAUAUACCAGUUGAACUGACGUUUAGUCCGUCUGUUGGUCUGUGCGUCCGUCGGAAAACAUUGGUCAUAACUUAUGCAAUAUUGAAGAUAGCAACUUGAUAUUUGGCAUUCAUGUGUAUCUCAUGAAGCUGCACAUUUUGAGUGGUGAAAGGUCAAGGUCAUUCUUCAAGGUCAAAAGUAAAAAAAAUACAAUCCAAGGGAAGUAUUAAGAUUGAUAUAUUGAAAUUUUAUUUCAAAGCGGCGCAAUAGGGGGCAUUGUGUUUCUGACAAACACAUCUCUUGUUCAGACCACUUCAGAGGCAACAUUUUUCAAUGUUCAUGAAACUUAGAAGAUUGUCCCAUUGAUUUCUCGACCCAGUUAAAAACUGGGUCUCAUGAGGUAUGGCUCAGAACAUUUGUUUUAAAAGCUUUUGCAUUGAUUUAAGAAAAAAUAUACCGGUAUUAAUUGUAUCAGACCAACAAGCCUUAGAUAUACUUUCAAGAUAAAUUUAAUUACUGUCUCUAACGAAAUUCAGUGCUGUUGCAUGGAUUGUGUUUAAUGGUAUUCCUAAAUUACUAUUAAUUAUGUAAUGUUAUAUACUAUAAACCUAGCGAAAGCUGCCCAGAACGGUUCCUUCACAUAUCAUGUGAACGACCUUGGCCCUUUGGCUCUCUUGAUCAUAGCAAGAACAAUAACAUAUGCACGAAAUGCUUCACCAAUUGAUCAGAAAAAAAAAUAAGCAUACCAACAAGGGGGCUGAAAGCUUAAAGUGUGAAGGGUUCUGUGAAUACAACCAUUGGAUUAACUAUCUUAACUUGGCUGUCCUGUUAGCGCAGUGGUUGGUUCACGCACUUCUCAUCCCAGCGACCCGGUUUCAAUGCCUAGGCCAGGUAGCAUUUUAGAUUGUUUGGUGGUUACCAUGUGGACAGGUGCCAUUUCUUCCAGGUAAUUUGGUCCCCCCCCCCCCCACCACACACACACACACACACACGCAAUCCUAAACCUCACCCAAAAUGACAAUCUUUCAAGAACUUCUUAAUAGCUGGAAAUUGCAGCUAUUACAUGUAUUCAAAAAUCGGCCCAACAUUUGUGAGUCUAGUAACAAACGCUGGUCCUUGUAUAAUGCAGCCUCAGAAGCGGAACGAACUCAGAAACUCCGAAGUUCGAACAACUAUCUGUUCCAUUCAGUUCCAUUAUUCAUGUUGUAUCAUGUGUAUAUGACAUGAUUUUUAAAUUGACUUCAUUACCUAUGUUCUAGGCAUUUAUAGGUGUUACUAUAAUACGAUUGUUGAUUUGUGUCACUAGUUUUAUAUGUGGAAUAAAAAAAGAAGUAUGAUG